GCUAGCCAGACGAUGGCCCAGGGGACAUUGAUCCGUGUGUCCCCAGAGGAGCCCACCCAUGCCGUGUGUGUGCUGGGCACUGUGAAUCAGCUUGAUGUCUGCAGCUCUGCCCCUGAGGACUGCACGUCCUUUAGCAUCAAUGCCUCCCCAGGGGUGGUCGUGGAUACUGCCCACAUCCCUCCAGCGAAGAAGAUUCCCACAGGCUCCUCCAAAUGGCCCCUGGACCCUGGAGUGGAGGUGACCCUGACGAUGAAAGCAGCCAGUAAUAGCACAGGUGACCAGAAGGUUCAGAUUUCAUACUACAGACCGAAGACUCCACCAGUCAAAGCUCUACUCUACCUCACCGGGGUGGAAAUCUCCCUGUACGCAGACAUCACCCGCACCGGCAAAGUGAAGCCAACCAGAGCUGUGAAAGAUCAGAGGACCUGGACCUGGGGCCCUAGUGGACAAGGUGCCAUCCUGCUGGUGAACUGUGACAGAGACAGUCCCAAAUCUUCUGCCAUGGACUGCGAGGAUGAGGAAGUGCUUGACAGCAAAGACCUGCAGGACAUGUCCCUGAUGACCCUGAGCACGAAGACCCCCAGGGACUUCUUCACCAUGCAUAAACUGGUGCUCCACGUGGCCAGAUCUGAGAUGGACAAAGUGAGGGUGUUUCAGGCCACACGGGGCAAACUGUCCUCCAAGUACAGGGUAGUCCUGGGUCCCCAGCAGCCCUCUCACUCCCUGAUGCUCCCAGGCGGAAAGUGCACCACGGACUUCUACGUGGAGGGCCUCGCUUUUCCGGACACAGACUUCCCGGGGCUCAUUACACUCACCGUCUCCAUGCUGGACAGCUCCAACCUGGAGCUCCCCGAGACCUUGUUGUUCCAAGACAGUGUGGUCUUCCGCGUGGCACCCUGGAUCAUGACCCCCAACACCCAGCCCCCGCAGGAGGUGUACGCGUGCAGCAUUUUUGAAAAUGAAGACUUCCUGAAGUCGGUAAUUGAUCUGGCCAAGAAAGCCAAGUGCAAGCUGACCAUCUGCCCCGAGGAGGAGAACAUGGAUGACCAGUGGAUGCAGGAUGAAAUGGAGAUCGGCUACAUCCAAGCCCCACUCAAAACGCUGCCCGUGGUCUUCGACUCUCCAAGGAACAGAGGCCUGAAGGAGUUUCCCAUCAAACGCCUGAUGGGUCCAGAUUUUGGCUAUGUAACUCGAGGGCCCCAAGAGGGGGGUGUCAGCGGGCUGGACUCCUUUGGGAACCUGGAAGUGAGCCCGCCGGUCACAGUCAGGGGGAAGGAAUACCCACUGGGCAGGAUUCUCUUCGGAAGCAGCUGUUAUCUCAGCCCUUACAGCCGGGAGAUGCAUCAGGCCCUGCAGGACUUCCUCAGUGCCCAGCAGGUGCAGGCCCCCGUGAAGCUCUAUUCUGACUGGCUCUCCGUGGGCCACGUGGACGAGUUCCUGAGCUUUGUGCCUGCUCCUGACAGGAAGGGCUUCCGGCUGCUCCUGGCCAGCCCCAGGUCCUGCUACAGACUGUUCCAAGAGCAGCAGAAUGAGGGCCAUGGGGAGGCUCUGAUGUUUCAAGGGGUCAAGAAAAAAAACCAGCAUAAAAUAAAGAACAUUCUGUCAAACAAGACAUUGAGAGAACAUAAUUCAUUUGUGGAGAGCUGCAUCAACUGGAACCGGGAGCUGCUGAAGCGAGAGCUGGGUCUGGCUGAGAGCGACAUCAUCGACAUCCCGCAGCUCUUCAAGCUCAAAGAGUUCAAGGCUGAAGCCUUUUUCCCCAACAUGGUGAACAUGCUGGUGCUGGGGAAGUACCUGGGCAUCCCCAAGCCCUUCGGGCCCAUCAUCAAUGGCCGCUGCUGCCUGGAGGAGAAGGUGCGGUCCCUGCUGGAGCCGCUGGGCCUGCACUGUACCUUCAUCAAUGACUUCUACACCUACCACAUCAGGCAGGGGGAGGUGCACUGUGGCACCAAUGUGCGCAGAAAGCCCUUCUCCUUCAAGUGGUGGAACAUGGUGCCCUGAGCCCAUCUUCCCCAGCGUCCUCUCCCUCCUAGCCAGUUGUCGCUGGGUCCUCUGCAGUGUGGCAAGCAAGAGCCCUUGCAGAUAUUUUGGCUCCUUGGGAUGGGCCAGCCCCCCCAGCAUGGCUUGCUUCCUUCUCCUAUGCCUCAGUUUCCCACUCUGAGCAUCCAAACAUGGUCCUAGCAUUGCACAUUCAGUUCUGCUCUAAGAAGCUGCAAUAAAGUUUUUUUUAAGUCCCUUUG